AUGAGCAUCUUUGUCUUGUUGCCCCACAGGCUGGGGAGCAGCACCUUCAAAAACAUGCAGCGCCGGCACACGACACUGAGGGAGAAGGGCCGCCGCCAGGCCAUCCGGGGUCCUGCCUACAUGUUCAAUGAGAAGGGCACCAGCCUGACACCCGAGGAGGAGCGCUUCCUGGACUCGGCUGAGUAUGGCAACAUCCCGGUGGUCAGGAAAAUGCUGGAGGAGUCCAAGACCCUCAACUUCAACUGUGUGGACUACAUGGGGCAGAACGCACUGCAGCUGGCCGUGGGCAACGAGCACUUGGAGGUCACAGAGCUGCUGCUCAAGAAGGAGAACCUGGCCCGGGUGGGGGACGCGCUGCUGCUGGCCAUCAGCAAGGGCUACGUGCGCAUCGUGGAGGCCAUCCUCAACCACCCGGCCUUCGCACAAGGCCAGCGCCUGACGCUCAGCCCGCUGGAGCAGGAGCUCCGCGAUGACGACUUCUACGCCUACGAUGAGGAUGGCACGCGCUUCUCCCAUGACAUCACGCCCAUCAUCCUGGCUGCACACUGCCAGGAGUAUGAGAUCGUGCACAUCCUCCUGCUGAAGGGCGCCCGCAUUGAGCGGCCCCAUGACUACUUCUGCAAGUGCAACGAGUGCACCGAGAAGCAGCGGAAGGACUCCUUCAGCCACUCGCGCUCCCGCAUGAAUGCCUACAAGGGACUGGCGAGUGCCGCCUACUUGUCCUUGUCCAGCGAAGACCCUGUCCUCACCGCACUGGAGCUAAGCAAUGAGUUAGCCAGACUAGCCAACAUUGAGACUGAAUUCAAGAACGAUUACAGGAAGUUAUCUAUGCAAUGCAAGGAUUUUGUGGUGGGCGUGCUGGAUCUAUGCCGAGACACAGAAGAGGUGGAAGCGAUUUUAAAUGGUGAUGUGAACUUCCAAGUCUGGUCCGACCACCACCGUCCAAGUCUGAGCCGGAUCAAACUCGCCAUUAAAUACGAAGUCAAGAAGUUCGUUGCUCAUCCUAACUGUCAGCAGCAAUUGCUUACCAUGUGGUAUGAAAACCUCUCAGGCUUACGUCAACAGUCUAUGGCUGUGAAAUUCCUCGCUGUCUUUGGAGUCUCCCUAGGCCUCCCUUUUCUCGCCAUAGCCUAUUGGAUUGCUCCGUGCAGCAAGCUAGGACGAACCCUGAGGAGCCCAUUCAUGAAAUUUGUAGCCCAUGCAGUUUCUUUUACAAUCUUCUUGGGAUUAUUGGUUGUGAAUGCAUCAGACCGCUUCGAAGGUGUCAAAACCCUGCCCAACGAAACCUUCACAGACUACCCAAAGCAGAUCUUCAGAGUGAAAACCACGCAAUUCUCCUGGACAGAAAUGCUCAUCAUGAAGUGGGUGUUAGGGAUGAUUUGGUCCGAAUGCAAGGAAAUCUGGGAGGAGGGGCCGCGAGAGUACAUGCUGCACCUGUGGAACCUUCUGGACUUCGGGAUGCUGUCCAUCUUCGUGGCCUCCUUCACCGCGAGGUUCAUGGCCUUCCUCAAGGCCAGCGAAGCGCAACUGUACGUGGACCUCCACGUGCCAGACGACACGCUUCACAACGUCUCUCUGCCGCCGGAAGUGGCAUAUUUCACCUACGCCAGGGACAAGUGGUGGCCUUCAGACCCUCAGAUCAUAUCAGAAGGGCUGUAUGCAAUAGCUGUUGUGCUGAGCUUCUCCCGAAUUGCAUACAUCCUGCCAGCCAACGAGAGUUUUGGGCCCUUGCAGAUCUCCCUGGGGAGAACCGUGAAAGAUAUCUUCAAGUUCAUGGUCAUCUUCAUCAUGGUAUUUGUGGCCUUCAUGAUUGGGAUGUUCAAUCUGUACUCCUACUACCGAGGUGCAAAGUACAACCCAGCGUUUACAACGGUUGAAGAAAGUUUUAAAACCUUAUUCUGGUCCAUCUUUGGCUUGUCUGAAGUGAUAUCGGUGGUGCUGAAGUACGACCACAAGUUCAUCGAGAACAUCGGCUACGUUCUCUACGGCGUCUACAACGUCACCAUGGUGGUAGUGCUGCUCAACAUGCUAAUAGCCAUGAUCAACAACUCGUAUCAGGAAAUUGAGGAGGAUGCAGACGUGGAGUGGAAAUUUGCCCGAGCAAAGCUCUGGCUGUCUUAUUUUGAUGAAGGAAGAACUCUACCUGCUCCUUUUAACCUAGUGCCAAGUCCUAAAUCAUUUUAUUAUCUCAUAAUGAGAAUCAAGAUGUGCCUCAUCAAACUCUGCAAAUCUAAGGCCAAAAGCUGUGAAAAUGACCUUGAAAUGGGCAUGCUAAAUUCCAAAUUCAGGAAGACUCGCUACCAGGCUGGCAUGAGGAACUCUGAAAACCUGACAGCAAAUAACACUUUCGGCAAACCCACCAGAUACCAGAAAAUCAUGAAACGGCUCAUUAAAAGAUACGUCCUGAAGGCCCAGGUGGACAGAGAAAAUGAUGAAGUCAAUGAAGGCGAACUGAAGGAAAUCAAGCAAGACAUCUCCAGCCUGCGCUAUGAGCUCCUUGAGGAGAAAUCUCAAGCGACCGGCGAGCUGGCCGACCUGAUCCAGCAGCUCAGCGAGAAAUUUGGGAAGAACUUAAACAAAGACCACCUGAGGGUGAACAAGGGUAAAGACAUUUAG